GUUGUGGAACUCAUUUCAACUGCUAUUGGUGACUUAGUUCAAGGUAUAUAUUAUGAAAAUUCAAAAUCAUCUGAGAACUGCGUUACAGAUGAUAUCAGCAUCUCUAUGUGGAAGGAGCAGGUUUUCCUGUCCCAUAGUGCCUUGCUGGCAAAGAGCUGCCAGGCUGCGAUGGAGCUGGCAAAGCACAGCGCUGAGAUGCAGGACAUGGCCUUUCAGUAUGGAAAGCACAUGUCUAUGAGUCAUAAGCUGCAUUCAGACCUUCAGCCAUUUGUUAAAGAAAGUUCUAGUGACACCAUGGUCUUCAGUUUGAAUUCUGCUCCUGCAGUCCUCCAUCAAGAAUUCCUUGGAAGGGAAGCAUGGAUUAAACAGAUCAGAGAGGCACAAGGAAAAGGAAAUAUAAUGGACUACAAGAAGCUGCAGGAAGCAAUCAAGGCUGGCAAAGGUGUGACUUCCGCCAUCGACCUCUGCCGCUGCCACGGGAACAGGGCGCUGGCGGCCCUGGAGCGCUUCCCUCCCUCCGAGGCCAGGGCUGCCUUGGCCAACAUCGUCUACGCCGUGACCAGGUUCCCCUGA